AUGCAGUUUUUGACUAUCAUUGUUCCUACGAAAUGUCUGACUGCUAGCCCUAAGUUUCGUUUUGGUGGAGGACUGCACAAGAGAGUGAACGUGGACUGGUUUCCCUCUUCUAUGCAGGCAGUGAUAAAGUCUGAAGUGAUGUCAUUUCCAAGCCUGAUGCCUGAGCUUUCACCUCUUGGACUGGAGUGCCAGUGUUUAUUCUGUCCGAUCUGCUGGCUAACUGUGAGUGUUCCGAAAGAUGUCCAAGACGGCGGAAAAGCUUUAUGGACUUCGCACUGUGCUGAACAAUCUCAUUUCGAAUUUGCCAUAAAGAGAGCAUGCUUCGCUUUUGGUACGUUUGUAGUAGACGACAGGAUUUCUUUUUCUCUCUCUUUCUUUUUUUUUUCUUCUGGCGGAGCUGUUUCUAAGGCGAUCUCUUUUCAGCAUGUGACGAAUCGAAAUCUUCUGUCAAUGUUAAGAGUGCAAAAGACAGAGGAAGCAAGCCGUGAGCUCACGCUCGAAUGGCUGCAGCGUUCGCUGUAUAAUGACUUGGACGAAAUGCGACUUUACUCGCCUGAGACAGCACAAAGAAUGCAGAAAUGGGGAAACAUCGCUGCUCGAAAGGUGGACGCCACAGCGUACGAUUCCGUGCAUCGCCCAAUAUUUGAAUGUGUGAUGGAAAUGGUUGAUGAAGUGGCAAAAGAUGGAGCAGAAAAGGCAGAGGUUUCUGUCAAAGAAGCGCUUGCUGUUUCUGGAAUCAAGAUACAUUCGCUCAAACAGAAGAAUGGCAAGAUUGAGAGGAUUCUUUGUCGGUGUACGCAAUGCGAACUGGCAUUUUCGACCACCAUUGAAGAGAUUGUUAGCAAUGUGUGGGACCGUCAUUUAUCAUCAGAACAACAUUUUAGACGAUUCAAAGCGCUUAUGUCAAAUAAGCUCGACAUGCUGGGAUUCGCCGAAACCAAAUCGACGUACACCGUGAAACCGUUUGUGCAACCGGACCCGGCUCGGAAAGUAACCUGGCAAUGGAACGCCAAAGAGAAAACUCACGAUUUCGUGCUGUCGGUAAUCGGACUGGAAGAUCUGGUAGAACGACGAAGCAGUGAGACGCUCGGCGCCCAUCCACCGGACUUUUUCUGUCGUCUCUGUGCAGCAGUGAUUCCUCGACGAUCAGCCUCUCUUGAAGCUCACGUCCGAUCAGCUCAACACGUGCUCUGCUACGUGCAUAAACACCAUCCACAAACAAUCAUGGAGCUCGACAUGCUACCAAAAGAAGGCGGCAAGGAGAUGCGUCGAGUUAUAGCACAACUACUGAAGGAUCAUCAACCGAAAGACCCUUACUGUAUUCCUAUAUAUGACCCUGACAGAGAACGUCAACGUCAACUAGCCGAAGCCAGGAAACAAGCUCAAGAGCAGCGGAAAAAGAAGGAUGAAGAGCGAAGGAAGCAACGUGAGCAGGAGCUUCAACGCGAGAUAGCUAGACAAGCCGAACGUGCUCAAAGGGAGAAGGAGCUUAAAGAACGCAAUGAGCGCCUGCUAAAGGAGAAGAUUCGCGUGCAGAAGUUGAUAGAUGACGCUAAACGAAAGGCUGAAGAAGAAAAGAAAGCCCGAGAAGAGAAACAAGCUAAGGAAGCUGAAGAAGCUCAACGUAAAAAGAGGCACGACGAGCUUCGUGCUCUUCUCGAUCAAGAAAAACAACGCCUUAAAGCCCUACAAGAGAAAGAAGCCACCCAACGUCGUCUGAUAGAGGAGAAAGACAAAUUGGAACGAAAAAUGAAGGAAUUAAAAGAACGUGCUGUUCAUCAACAGAAACCACCUCCACCUGAACCCAGACAUGCCUCUCCACAUAUGGGACCACCUCCAGUUGGUGUUGUCAACGCGCCACAGUUGCGAUCGUAUUGUGAACCGUUUUUAGGGCCGCCACCACACAAUUCGCAUCCCUACCCGGUACCGCCUCCUCCGGGACCUUACAAUAUGCCUGGUACUCGAGAAACUUUUGAAAACAUAGGUCCCAAGCCAAUGUUUCCGGAAUACGUACCAGUGACCAACAAAGUACCCGUCUACAAAGGAAUGGAAGAAGCGGACAAAGCAAUUCGUCUUAUUUCGCCAGAUCCACUACCUUUAGUUAUCGAACGACCAUCACUGCAAGACAGAAAAGUUGAUCCGUACGUCACAAACUCGAAAAUCAUACAAACCAGGGACCAGCUUGUCGACUUUCUUUGGAGACAGGGAGCAGAACGUAUUCCGGCGAAGGAGCUCCCGGAAAAAUUCAACGAGAAAGCAACGGGCAUAGAAGGAGCACUUGGAGUGGACUGUUUAUAUGAGGUAAUCCUUCUGGUUUCAUUAUUACUUUGUUCGCUGUCAUAUGUGCAGACUGUUCUGAUCUGGACACAUUCUACUGCUCAAUGUGUGGUGUUUGGACCUACGCCUAGUGAUAUCGUUCCCAACAUCGUCGAAACUACCGAAACAACUAGCAUACUUGAUGGAAAAGCCACCAGGAGUGGUCUCGAACCGCUUACGUUCUUUGCUGGAUCGUGCAACAAUUGCAGGGCGGAAAUAUGCCUGAACAUAAGAUGGUUCUUGAUCAUACUUGGAAAGGAGGCUUGUGUUUAUUACUUCAGCGUCAGCUUCUGUCGAGGGUAUGAACGCACGCUUCGAGGCCGGUUUGAAGUAACUGCUUGCGAACAACGUAGGACAGUUGGACGCAUGGAUGUUCCUCCACCUGUAUCGAAAUCAGCGAUGAUGUUUCCUCCUGAUGAUUCGAAGAAUAAAGUAAUUAAGAAGGAGCCGAAAGACGACUACACAAGUAAUGGCGAUAGGCGCAGUAGCCACUCAAAGGACAAGGACAAGAGGAGCUCAGAAAGAAGUGGCACCCGCUCUUCUUCAACUAAGGACAAAGAAAAGAGCAGAAGCGACAAAGAAAGUAGCCGAUCCUCCAAAUCCAACGACAAGGACAGAUCUGAUAGAAGUGACCAUCGCUCAUCAUCAAGUAGAGACAGGCCGAGAGAAACAGACAGAAGAAAGGAGGACAGGGAGAAAGAAACAGACAGAAGAAAGGAAGACAGGGAGAAAGAAACAGACAGAAGGAGGGAGGACAGUGCUCACUCAAGAAAGCGCUCAUCGCCUCCCGAAAUCGUUCAUAUCUCUACGACAAGAAGACAACGGUCAAAAUCGCCAGAUCGAAAGCGUCGUCGAAGUAAAACUCCCGAGAAACAUAGCAGUCGUAACGAUAUACAUAAAAGCAGUAGUAGUACUAGCAGAGAGGUUGAUAUUUCUUCCAGCCGUUCUAGUCGCCAUGACCCUCCUGUUCGUCACAGAUCUGUGAGUAGGGAUCGUUCCCGUAGGGCACCUUCUGGCAGCAGUAGACGUAGCAGAAGCCGUUCGCCACAGGAUCCUUUUGCGAGUUCAGGUAUGUCCUGGGAAGAAACAGCGGCCGCUUUCCUGGCAAAACUUGGAGAUUCACAAGCUGCAGCCAGUGUACUUGAUCCUCCUUCAAGAGAGCAGAAGUCGGCGUCAGCAAGAGCCAGAGAAUUGGAAGAGAAGCUUGAUAAACUCAAACGUCUGGCGAGGUCGCAACCAUCAGCUCCCGUAUCUGCUGUGUAUGAGGAGGAAAUGGAUGAGAAAGCACAGAUGCGCAAAUUGCUGGGCGUACUCAUCACCAUGCAACAAGAAGCCGAAAGGAAUGGUAGACUGGAUGAAUCGGUGGUGGACAGGCUUUACAGAGAGGUAGGCCUGAAAAAAUCCAUUGAAUCUUCCAGUGAUCAGCUAUUGGCUGAGCUUUGCUCCCAGUUAUCACAAGAAGACUCAAGAGCGAGGCCAUCAAUCGAUCUGCAGUCAUACGGUAUAGGUCUUCAGAAUCGCUCCGAAACUUCAAACGUUCAGCCAUCUUCAUCGAUAUUCGGAGGAGGUUUUCAGCCACGACCGCAAACCUCAACAUUCCAAACACUUCUGUCUGAGGUCAGGCGUUCUCUGGAUAGCUUCAAUAAGCCAGCACGUCCUCCGUCACCGCUUAUCAAAUCUCCAUUUGUAAUCACAAAUAGGGAUGAUGUGUUCCCAGAUAGCGAAACGAGGUCCUACGUUUUCCCCGGUGCAGACUCGCAAUCCCUCAAACGCGGAUCAUCUGAACAGACUUCGAGUGCUAACGCAUCGUCCACACAAUCCGAUGCCAAUUUGUCGAAGAAAGAAAAGGCAGCUUUGCGUCGUAAGCAGUUAUUGGAGGAGGCUGAGAGGUUGAGGAAGGAGGCAGAGGGAGAAGAUGAAGAAGACGACGAUUGGGAUUGUCUAGUUGAAGUGAUCAACCAACCUACACAAACUGCCAGCAAAAGUUAUUCUCCAGUGCCUGAUCGAGCGACUUCCACCACCAGAAGCAGUAAUCUUCAAAGCUCAAGUGGGAAUUCGCAUGAGCAGAGGAACGAUAGUAGGAAGGAUUCAAGACAAACGAGUGAGAAGAAAGAUUCAAGACAAACGAGCGAUAAGAAAAGAGCCCCCUCCCCAUUGGCUCCCGGUCAAAAAAUGCCGCUUGCAAGGACGAUUCUACCUGAUGGAAGAUCAACAAACGAUAUCAAAGCUAAGGAAAAAGAAAAGGAGAAGGAAAAGGAAAAGGAAAAACAAAAGGAGAAGGAGCGGGAUAAGGAGAAGGAACGAGAGAAGAAGAAAGCAAAAGAGAAGGAAUAUAUGAGGGAAAAGGAGCAAAGGACAAGAGAAAUUGCCGAAAAAUUGGGCAUGCCAAAUAGGUCUGUCCUUGGCACUCCCAGCACUUGGCCUCAGCCCUUCCCUCAACCUCUUCUCGGUGCUAAGGUGGAUACGCCUCCGAAAAUACAGGAACAGCGACAGCAGCAACAACAACCACAACAGCUGAUCCCUCAACAACCACAAUCACAGCAGGUUCCGAUGGCGGCAAACAAUCCGGCCUACUACAAUCAGUCUAACGCACCUGCGUUUACUAACUCCUAUGCUCCCUAUCAAAGUUUCCCCUCACAACAAAUUCCAGGUCCUCCUCAGUUCUAUCAGGGUCAACAGCCGCCAUUUAUGGGUCCACCACAACCACAGCCAUUGUUUCCCAGUUUUGAUUACCCACAAAUGCAACAGCAGCAGCAGUUUUACGGGCAGCCACCCUACUACGGUUAA